AUGUUGAAAAGAAAUAAAGCAAAUGUUGUAAAUAAUACUGAAGUAGCUGAAGUUAAACAAACUCCAACACCUUCGCCAAAACCAACGCCUUCACAAACAACACCUUCAAUGACUCCUGAACCUAUGGAAGUACAAACUCCUGUUCAAAAGUCAACUCCUAAACCGACUCCAACAUUUAAACCAGAACCUACUCCUCAAAUAAAUCGUAAAACUCCUGCGUUUCCUUACUGA